GAUGAUGAUGAUGGCAGUAAGACCUUGUUACCAGCUAUUGGUUUUCUCUAUUUUAAUUUUAUUUGCCUCAAUUUAUCUCCCAUUAGUUGUUAGUAUUUUUCAAAAAGUGUGGUUUUAUAAAAUUUUUGAUAACCAGACUUGCCCCUAUUGUUAUGGUGAUAACUUAUGUGAUGAUAUCUACAAUGGACAUUUUAAUUUAAGUAUCAAUAAUUUAUUGGAUGUGGGUCAGUUUAUAAGUACCAAAAAUGUUUAUAAAGGUUUAUAUAAGCAACAAAGAGUAUUUGUAAAAAAACUAGCUGACUCAUGGGAAUUGAGUGAAUUUGACAAAUCUGAAAAAAAAGACGUCAGUAAUACUAAUAUUUUAAAAUACUUAAAUCAAGUUACUCCCCUUGCUAAUUUCAAGUCAUGUGAUAAAUCUACUUCUGAACAUUUUCUUAAUGACCUAACAGAAAAUUGGACCCUUGAGCAAAUAUGGACAAUUAUCCACAUAAAUAUUGAGCCAUUGAUAAUAAAAAUAUUUAAUAAAUCUUCCGGUUAUGCUGUCCCAAAUAUUUUGGGAUAUUGCGGCAGAUCAAUUUUGCAAGAAGAUAGUGGAGAACCUCUGAAUGUAUUUACCAAGGUAUCUUGGAUAAAGAGAGCAUAUCUGGCUGUACAGUUACUUAAAUCUGCAGUGGAUUUUACUUUUAAGCAUCCCAAGUACAGAAUUUAUCUCACUGACAUGUCGUCUGAUAAUGUGGCAGUUCAAAAAACUACCAUGAAACUUACAUUUAUUGAUUUGGAGAAUGCUGUUCUAGAUCUAAAAGAACCAAGAAGACUUAUUCAUUAUUCAAAUAAUUUCCAAAAUGAAUAUGCUUUUUCCCAGGAUAAAAUAUGUGAUAGCAGUAUAAGUGAUCAUAAUAUAUUUUCUGUAUGUAAGCUCUUCUUAUCAAAAAAUGCUCCUUGGCCAAUGAUGAAAAAUGGUUUAUUGCACAAUCCACCAAUUAGUAUUUGGGUGAAACACAGACAACUAUUUAAAAGUAUUAAAUACUGCGUUAUUUCUAAGAAACGAUUUUAUUUUAGUAAAAAGAUUUUGAUUUCAUUACAACAUAUAUUGCAUUUAUAUAAGGGAGUUUUAAAUUAAAACCAUAUCAAAUCAAUUGUUACUAAUUCAAUGGAGAUUCUUGAUGUUUUUGUAUAUGUGUUUAUUUCUUUUUAAAAAGUAUAAACAAACAUACCAAAUUACAUGUUUUUUAUUAAACAGA